AAUUACCGACAGUAAUAAGCCUAAAGUGAAUAACGGAUAUCAAUGCAUAUUGGGAAUGAAGGAAGUGCAGUCAAAGUUCGUUCGUCCUUCACUCGGUCCCCGAAGCUCCUCUUUGCGACAUUGCAACAAUGGAUCCAGCGGCCCAGGUUCCACCAGAGGUCCAGAAUCUGCGAGAUGAAAACGCCCUUCUGAGGAACAAAUAUACAGAGGUCACUCAACAGACAGACGCCCUGCGUGCAGAAUUAAAUACACUUUGAGCUGCUCAGCCAGCGGCAGUGGCAACUCCCCCACAAGCUCAAGAGUUAAAAUUGAGACGCUGCCUGGUAGAGCCUCCCGCCAAGUACGAUGGGGGAAAAGAAGGAUUUACGACUUUCAAAGCGCAAUGUGAGCUGUACAUACAUCUUCACCAAAACGACUUCACCGAUGAGAAGACCAAGCUACCAGAUUUCCCAAGACGGACUGCAGAUGGACCCUGAGAAAGCACGAGCUGUACUAUCCUGGCAACCACCACGAACGAAGAGGGAACUACAAAAAUUUUGGGGAUUUGCAAAUUUCUAUCACCGCUUCAUAUCUCACUUCUCUUGCUUGACAGCACCAUUGACGGACCUUUUGAAGGAGAAGGGACGAUGCCUGAACUGGCCUCCCAAUGUUGCAUCAGCGUUCGACACCUUUAAACGCCAUUUUGCUUCAGAAAACCAGCUGAUUCAUCCUGGCACAUCUGCACCUUUCGUACUACAAACUGAUGCCUCCAAUAAGGCCAUUGAAGCAGUCCUAUUGCAGCCACAGAAGAGUUCGGUCAAUGACCUCAGACCGGUGGUGUUUUAUUCACGCAAACUCUCAAGUUCAGAGUGGAACAACACCAUUUGGGAGAAGUAA